UUUUUAAUAGUAAUAAAUUUAGAAUUAUGAAUAUUUUUUAAAAAAGAAAUUGAAACAUAAAACAAACUUUAAAAAAAGACAAAAUAUUUUGAAAGGACUUUCUUCAAAUUCCAUGGAGGAAAAUGAAAAAAAUAUUUUUCGUAUACAAAUCCGUUAACAGAGGCGGAUAUAAGAAGCAAGGAAAUUCUGAAUUUUUAGACGAUCCAGCAUCGUUGUCCGCUUCCUCCAAGAAGAAGCAACACGAAAAUAAUGAGAUGGUCAAUGAGAUGAUCUUAGCGGAGGAAUCUAUAGAAGACACCGAUAACGAUAACGGCACCAUUAAUUCCGAAUUCGACCCCUCGAAACUUAUUACACCCCUCGUCUCCCAACCCGAAUCAAUUCGUAUUCACGGCCAUUCCUCAACCUACCAUGUACAUUUACGCCGAAGGUGGAGGUGCGCGCACAAAAUCCUUCGUUUUCGUGUUCGUGAUAAUAGGAUUGAUGUUAUCUAUAUCGGCACUGGUAGCCACGGUAGCUUAUCUCAUCAAAAAGGAAGGAAAACCGAACAAGAGCAGCUCAAAGUCUAGCCUGAAAAGGCCGAAAUCCGAUAAUAAGUCUAAAAUGAGGGCUUCAUCUCAAAGAUUAUUCAAAUACCCUCCGGAUAAGAUCUUGAAUGGUACUAGCAUCGAUACAAGUUGCGUUUCUAUCAAGAACCCCGAUUCUCAGCAAGCAAGAAAGUGUGGUGUUAAGAAUAUUUCCCAGGCAUCGUUUCAUUCAUCAAAACCUACCGUUUACAAGCAUAACGGUAGAAAAUUUAAAACCUUUUCAGAACCGAGCGAUUCUCGCAGAUAUUCAUUUUUAUCCCUAAACGAUCAAUACAAUUCAAAAUCUAAGCAAAAAAGUAACCAAACUAUCUGCAACACAGAUGCAUCGAGAUACAACAUAAAAUCGCCUUGCUACCCCCCGCUAAUGCAGGAUAGGAAGCUAAGAGAAUUUAACAGUAUUCAGGUCGCCGGACACGCUUUACAUAGAACGAUCUAAUAGCAAUAAUGAUGAUGGCGUUGAUGGGAUAGAUAAUCCUCGACAUCACAGUAAAUGUAGUAGCUUGGUGCUUAACUCCUCCGGCAAUAACCCCCAAAAUACUAAUAUGGCAUCAAAGUCAAAGAUUUUUCCACCCUCGAAAAGAAAAACAUGCGCAUCUUCAGAUUCGGUUUUUACGAACGACGAUUCUGGCAGACCCUUGACCAGAUUUUCCAGAAUCGAGACGGGAGUUCCCAACAGACCCGAUUACAGGUUUAUCCUAAAUAAAAAAUGUGUUUAUGAUGCCGACGGAGACGACGAAAAUUAUUUGUUGACCAGUUUUGUCAAUUUCGACAAAACCAAGGAUACCUCAAGGUCGUAUUCUGGAGAAGAAAUUACGAAAAGACGCGCCCGAGAUGACGCGAACGCACUAUAUUACAUUAAAAAUAUUAGGCAUCCGCACAGUAGCGACGAUCAGUCGUAUAAUCGCUCCCGUUCCAAAUCUUCUAAAAAUGAAUCGAAGGGUGAAUAUUGUUCCGACGAAAUUUGGCAAAAAAAAUCUGCGACUCUAUCGAACAGAUUCGCCGAUUACGAUUGCGAGAUGCCAAAACCCGUCAAAAAUUUUACGAAAACCAGAGGGCCCCACGUGAUUUGCUUCGAAGAUGAUUUACGAAAUUUCGGCCAUAAACCAUCGCCAAAAGCGCCGAGGAAAGAAUCUUCGGGAGUUUCUAAUACAGAUAAAUUUAAAGAUUACCGUUUCGAUAAGGCGAAUACCGCUGAAGGAUAUGACAACAAUAUGCGAUCAUGUUUUGACCAGAUCAGGAGUAGUUUACUAAGUUCAGAAGGGCAGGCGAUUGACUCUAACGGCGGCCCGGAACAGUAUUACAUAUCUAAUAGGACUCAUUUGCUGCAACCUUCUACUUUAAAAUCAUCAGAAAAAUAUGAAUAUUUAUGAACCCCAUGUUAUGUUAAUUUUUUUUAUUAUCAAUCCAUAGAUAUAAUAAAUCGAAUAUUUUUUUCCCCAUCAAUGCAAAAUGUAGAGAGAUAAUUUCAAAUCAUUAGAGUUCGACUUUUCAAUAAGGGAAAUUUGUUUUUUUAGCAAUAAUUUAAGUUAAAAUUAAUUAUGCAUAUAUCUAAUACGUAAUAAUAUUAAUAUAUUAUAUUGAAACAUUUCACAUGUGACCUCAAAUUAUUAAAUAAUUAUGAUAAUUUUAAUCCUAUUUUUCUUAAAAAAAAGUGAUUUUUUUUUACUAAUUACUAGGAUAGGUUGAACCAUCCUAAGAGAUUCUUAAUAUUUAUCUGCUAAUCUCAAAAAUUCAACUGCUAAAAUAUAAUAUAUAAAAACAACUCUUAUAAUUAAGAUCUUAUAUUAUAUAUAUAUAUAGCAUAUUUAUUAGAUUUUAGAAAUGUGUACAUGUGAAAGUCUUUUAAA